GCCCGCCGCCCGUUUCCCGUCUCCACCCCGCGCCCGCCGCGGAGCCACGAUGUUCCGCAUGCUGAGCAGCAGCUUCGAGGACGACCCCUUCUUCGCUGAUUCCUUUCUUGCACACCGAGAAAGUAUGCGCCACAUGAUGAGAAGUUUCUCUGAGCCUUUCGGAAGAAACUUAUUCAGUAUCUCUGAUGGAAGAGGAAGAACACAUAAUCAUAGAGAACGUGAUGAAGAUUCCUCAACUCAUGCAGAUGUCAACCCUUUUCAAUCAAUGGAUCGGAUGAUGUUAAAUAUGCGAAAUGGUAUUCAGGAGUUACAAAGAAACUUUGGUCAACUUUCAAUGGAUCCAAAUGGGCAUUCAUUUUGUUCUUCCUCUGUUAUGACCUAUUCCAAAGUAGGAGAUGAACCACCGAAGGUUUUCCAGGCCUCAACUCAAACCCGUAGGGCUCCCGGAGGAAUAAAAGAAACCAGAAGAGCAGUGAGAGAUUCUGACAGUGGUCUAGAGAAAAUGGCUGUUGGUCAUCAUAUCCAUGACCGAGCUCAUGUCAUUAAAAAGUCCAAGAACAACAAGACUGGAGAUGAAGAGGUCAAUCAGGAGUUCAUCAAUAUGAAUGAAAGUGAUGCUCAUGCUUUUGAUGAUGAGUGGCAAAAUGAAAUUUUGAAGUACAAGCCUAGUGGACGACCACACAAUCUAGAAAACAACCCUAGAAUGCGAAGUGUGGGUUAUGAGAAUGCAGUGCCACGAGAACUCAAAAAGAGAGAGAAAGUUCAUCGAAGUCCAGCCAUUGAGAAUGGAAGAAGAUCAAACAUUUUUGCGGACAAACUCAAUAUCAAAGGAUCACCUGUGAAAAUCACCAAAAAAUAAAUAGCCGUGCAGUUCAUUUCUUUAGUUGGUUGUUUUAACAAAGAAAGUCAUGGUGCUAGGUAAUAUAAAAAAGACCAAUCUGUUGUUAAAUUGAUACUGUACUUUGCAACUUUCUUCUGAAUCUGAAUGUUCUUGUAAGUUUUAGCUUUACAUUGAUCAUACUUUAGGAAUAAAAUUUUGAUGUUCAACAA